GGAUUUCCAGCCUGAAUGCACAGAGAGCAACACGAACUCCGGCACAGAAUUAAAGGAUAGUUAUGAAUCCUUCUCUGUCCACGAAGAAAUGACGGAUGCCUCCAAUGAACUUCCUGAAACACAACAGUCUGCAUCCUCGGCUAAUGUACGCAGAUCCUCUCGUCUACAAAUGAAGCCUUCGCCGAGUUGGCAGGAGAAAUUCAAGACACGGUCGAGAGGAAUCAGCGAAGAACAGAAAAUGAGCAGAGCUGAUGUGUCCGUUGCCCCAUCCGUGAUAGCAGUCAAAGGAAUGGACAAAGGUGAUUCAGAUGAGAUGACGUCCAUCAUCUUCACCUGCUCAGAGUGUCCCUUCCACAACUCAGAGGAAAACAGCCCUGCUCACUUCCACAUGCAGAGUGUUCACACUGAAGUAUACAAGACUCUCUCUGGAGCUAAAUUCACACCGUCUCCUUCCAGUACAGACGAAAUCUUUACAUCAAUUAAACUUUUUCCUAAAGGAAACGCAGAGCAGGUCAAACCAGAACAGCCUCAUAAUCAGAACAUCAAAGACAGCAAAGUAAAUGUUUCUCAGUCCCACACUAGACAGAAGGCACUCACGUGUGAAACGUGCGGGAAGACGUUCACCCGUACGUCAGACGUCAGAAGACACCAGCUCACUCACACGGGGGAGAGACCGUUCCACUGCUCAAGGUGUGACCGCACCUUCCAGCACUCGUGGGAUCUGGCAAAGCACGAGAGCAAACAUCACAACGUAGCCAUCUCUUUUUCUUGUCACCUGUGCGGGAGCUCCUUCGCCAACCUGCGCGCCUUAACCGUCCACCACAAGAAGUCUCACUCGCAGGAGAGCCAGCUGCCUCAGAUCUGCUCCAUCUGCAGCCAGAGCUUCCCCUCUCCCACUGAGCUGCUGGAGCACCGGAAAUCCCACGUCACCAGUAAACGUUACAUAUGCCAGCAGUGCGGCGAGGGCUUUGACACCCUGCUCGCACGAUCCCAACACAGGCAGAUGCAUCAGGUGAAGCAUCAGUUCAAGUGCCCACAUUGCGAGAAGACGUACACUCGUAGGUCCGAUGUGAAAAGACACCUGUCCACCCACACAGGGGAGAGACCCUACCAGUGUAACCAGUGCAGCAAGCGGUUCUCCCUCCGCUUCAUGCUCAUGAAGCACCUACGUGUUCACACAGGUGAGCGGCCUUUCCAGUGCUCCCACUGCCCCAAGAGGUUCACUCUGGUGUCUGUGCUGGCAAGACACGAGAGGAUGCACACCGGGGAGAAGCCGUUCCUCUGCUCCCAGUGCGGGAAGGGCUUUUUAUCGCAGGGUGAGCUCUCCAAACACCACAGGUCACAUGUGGACGACAGGCCAUACUCCUGCCCUCAAUGUGACAAACGUUUCAAGAGCAAGAAAACCCAGCAAGAACAUAUCGUCUCACACACCGGCGCCCGCCCGUACCCCUGCACCUACUGCGGGAAGGGCUUCACCAAACCGUACGCACUGACCAGACACAACCUCAUCCACACGGGAGAGAGGCCGUUCCCCUGCGGCCACUGCGAGAAGUCGUUCCUCACCCUCAGCGAGGCUCAGCUGCACCAACGCAUCCACACGGGGGAAAGGCCGUAUCCCUGCAACGUGUGCGAGCUCAAGUUCAAGAGCUCGUCGGAGCUGGCGCGACACAAGCGAAGCCAUUCAGGGUUGAAGCCACUGAAGCCGCACUGUGAGCUGUGCAUGAAAACAUUCACAUCCAAGGCCAAACUUAAGAAACACAUGGAGACACACGGGGAGGAAGGAGAAGCUGCACAGUCUUUGGACUUCAUACAGCCUGAAGAUCCCAAUAAUAGAAUAAAUAACUCAGUGGUUAAUUGAGUAAAAUAGUGGCAAUGAAUGUUUAUAAAGGAUGCUUGAGUUUAGAUGUUUAGUCAUCACACGUUUCAAGUUCUGAUUAUAAGAAAAUAUGAAUCAGGAGGUCGUUAAGCAGAUCAGGAGUCCACAACUACCUGAC